AUUUUAAAGGGUUUUCUUGAAAUUGCCUCAAGCCUGGCAGACCUGGUUUACCCUGGUCAACCUUUCAGCUUAAUUUUUUGGUCACUUUCGAAAGCUGUUGGCGUGUUGAUAACCGAAAGCAAACCAAAUCAGCCAAGUUUGCUACACCAACUAACAAAUGUUGUUCGCAGUGAGAUGAUUCACUUUAACAAUAGGUUACAGGAUCAGAAAUAUAAUGGGCUUCAACAUCGCUCGUCAGAACAAAUUUUUCAGUUGCAGCAAAUGAAAAAGGGAGAGAAAUUAGAUGAUCCUACUCUGUGGAAUGAUUACGUGCAAUUUUUGGGUGAGCUUGCAAACAGGUUUGAGUCACCGCUUCCUUUCAAGUAUGAAAAUAAGCCGACAGAGGAUCCCAAUGUGAAAGAUUUCGUAACAGCCAUAGUUAAGUACUCUGAAGCUCACUCCUGCUUCAUAACUCUUCUGUUCAUUGCCAAAGCAAAAUUUGCAGAAUUAGGAAAUGCGCACAAAGUUGACAUAGCCACUGUGGACCGUAAAAUGAUUUUCCAAAUUAAAGAAGCUAGAGAGAAACUCUCUUUUCUGUCAGAAAAGAGAUUUUUGACAUUUUUUGGAAGAAUCAAAGGCGGAAAACUCACCAAAAUUGUGGCUUUAAGCCGAAGAAUUCGUGGUAAAAGCCUGGUAGAAACCGUUCGACACAGCUUGGGUUUGUCACCAAUGCCAGAUUUAUCGACAGUCGAGUCUUCUGCGAAGAAAGUGAGUCAACAGGCAGUGACUUUGAGAUCAGCAAAGAAAUGCAUUUGUUCUCCUUUAACGUACUUUGCCAUCCAGUAUUCCACUCAGUUUAUCAAUGAUGCUGACAUUCCGAUAAAGAUUGUUUCAGGUGAAGUCGGCCAGAGUCGGGGGAACCAAUUUCAAUUUGAGCGAAACCUUCCACCUCGCUCAUCGCAUCACCAGACGACUUAUUCCGGCUUUUCUACUGGUGGGUACAUAGUUCUGUACUUAAACGGCAAUAUGUUGGGCUCUGAUUCAGAGAAUACCAGAGUUAUCAAUUUGCAGUGUCAACCAUAUUUGAUGGAAAAAGUAUACUAAAUAAAAUUGGCAUGACAGACGAAACUGAUGCAGAGUUUUUGCGAGGUCAGAAUGCUUACGACAAGAGGUCUGCAGACAAUGUAACUCUGUACUUUUCUGAAAAUGAAAGAUAUUUCAUUGCCAAAGCUGAGACUUUUGUAUGUUGGCCCAAUCGCACUUUUCGAUUCAUCAUUCAAGACUUUGACCCAGAAGCUGUUGGAGAUGGAAAACAUUAG